CUCAUGCUCUGCCCUCGAUUCCAUCCACCCAACCCAAGCCACCUUUUCCCUUUCCCGCUUCGCUGUCAGCCACACUGGCGGAGCCUGCCUGCUUGACUGCGUCAUCCUUCCACAUGUCCCUCCCUCCCUGUGCCCCUGUGUAGCGUACCUAGCCUUCCCCCAACCGCUGAGCCCGCUUCACCUCCUUCCCGCAGUGUGUCUCGAUGGAUGGAUCGGCCAGCAGCGAGCAGUAGGCGCGCGCACAUGUUUUGCACCCGCUUGGUUGUCGACCCCUCGGCGGCGCUGCACUUGAACCCACUUUUCGUCCAGAUAGGCAAACGAGAGCACGCCGACCGUGUGGGAAGGUCCUUUCGGCGACAGUUUCACCAGCGUUCGUCGCCAUGCACCAAGCGAUCGGGACAUGGGCGGUGCGGCGGUAGUCGUGUCACCUCGUCGGGUUCCCCAGCUGGGAAAUAAAUUCAGGCGCAAGUCACGGGCCGCACCAUCCGGUGAUGAAAAGCCUAAUCCCAAAGGCAAAGAUAGAGCCGUAGAAGAAAGCGAGGAGAGGGAGGUCGUGAUUCUACCGGCGUCUUUCAGCCGGGAUCCCGCUCAGCCUCCUGCUCUACCCGCUCCAGAGGUCGCGGUUUCGAAUCCCCAGAACGCCAUUACAGUAGCGAGAGACGACGCCAUGGCGGAAGGGGGGGGCGGAAGCGCUGGUGGGUCUAGGUUGAUGUGCGGAGCAGCAGGGGGGGAAAUGGUGUCGGCGGAAGAGGGUGCGGGCGGGGGGAGUGCGCAGUGGGGCGCGGGGGGAGGGGAGGAAGCGGAGGGGGGCGAGCAUGAGAGCGCGACGGCGAAGAAGCUGCAGAAGGCGGACCGCGAGAAGAUGCGGCGCGACCGACUUAACGACCAGUUCGUGGAGCUCGCGAGUGUCCUCGAUCCUGACCGUCCGAAGAACGACAAGGCGACGAUCCUGAGCGACGGGCUGGCGAUGCUUCGCGAGCUGCGCGCGAACGUGAGCCGGCUGCGCGCCGAGCACAGCGCGCUGAUGGACGAAUCGAAAGAGCUGGCGGCGGAGAAGUCGGAGCUGCGGCAGGAGAAGGGCGCGCUGAAGGGCGAGGUGGAUGCGCUCAAGGGGCAGCUGCACCACCGCAUGUCCGCGCUCCUGCCCUGGGCCACCGCCCCCGCUGCCGCCCCUGCGCCCACCGCCCCGCCUGCGCCUCCUCCCACUUCCCCCGCUCCUGCCGCUCCCCCUCCCUCAUCCGCUGCUCCCGCUCCUGCCCCUCCCUCGCCCGCUGCUCCCGGUGCUGCCAAUCUACACACCCCGGCACCAAUGCAUGGCCACACCCAGGCGUCACGGCACCUGCUGGGCUUUGCUCCUGCCGCCCCACCCCCCCGCCCUUCUCUUGCUGCCCCCGCUCUUACCCCACCCUCCGCUCCGCUUCCCCCUUCCGCUCCUGCAGCCUCCCCUCCCCCCGCGGCCCCUAACACUGCGUCCGCGCCUUCAAUGCAAUUUCUCCCUCAGUUUCGCCCUCAGAUGCUGACGUCACCGCUGCACGUGCUGCAAGCAGGGCAAGCCACGAGCCAGCCUGGCAUGCUGACGUCAGCCACGAGCCAGCCUGGCAUGGGUCAGCCCACCAUGCACAUGCCACCUUCACCACAUAACCCCUCCCCGAUGCACAUGCCCUUGCGCAUGCCCAUACCCAUACCCAUGGGGCAGGCACAGGCAUAUAUGACAGGCGCAGGCAGCACAGGGGGCAUGGGGGGAACAGGGGGAGGGGGCAUGGGGGGAACAGGGGGAGGGGGCAUGGGGGGAACAGGGGGAGCGGCCAUGGGGGGAAGCAGGUCGGAGCAGGCCAUGAGCCCCCCUGUCUCCGUGCUCUCCUCCUCCGCCCCCACCCCGCCCGCAUCGUCAGCAGGAACAGCAGCAGGGGUAGGAAGCCAAGGGGGAACGAGGGACAGCAAUGGUGCGAUGCGGAAUAGCAGCGCGCAGCAGCAGGGGCAGAGGGGGCGGGAGGACGGCGAUGCAGCCGCUGCUGGCAGCUCUCUUGUGGACAUGAGUCGUGGUGGGGGAGAGGUAGCCGUGCUGGUGAAAAGAGAGGAGGGCGACGCUAAUGCCGCAGACAGCAGGGGAGCACAGCAGCAGCAGCAACAACAGCAGCCGCCGCCACAACAGCAGCAGCAGCAGCAGCAACAACCGCAGCAGCAAUCACAGCAUAUGCAGCAGCAGCAUGCAUCGUCACAGGCGUCACUAAACCAGCAGUCAGCAGCACAGUCCAUGCAGCCACCAACCGCUCUCCCCACACCACCCCCUUCCCUUCCUCCCCCUUCCUUCCCCCCACAAGCCUGGCCGCCUGGAGCAUACCCCAUGCCUGUUCCCAUGCCCUUCCAAGCCUCCAUGCCAGGCUCGGUGCCUCCCGCACCUGCGGGCAUGCAGGGAUGGAUCGCCGUGCCUGCUGGCGCCUUCCCCUACGCCUUCCCUCCCACGCCUCCUGCUGCUCCGCCCUCAGUCCCCCCUGGAAGUGACGGCAAAUGCACAGGAGUCUCGGCGCAGCAGCAGCAGCAACAGCAGCCAAUGAUGAUGGCAGCUUAUCUGCCAGGUCAGCUCCCAUUCCAGGUCAGCGCCAGCUCAGCAGGCCAGGGUCAAGGAGGUCAGCAAGGCAAGGGACCGGCGGGGCAGGAAGGGCAGAGUGGGCAGCAAGCAGCACAGGGGCAGCAAGCGACACAAGCGCAGCAGGCUUAUGCUCAGCAGAUGGGGCAGGCGCAGCAAGCGGGGCAGGCGCAGCAGAUGAUGCAGAUGCAGCAGUACCUGGCGCAGCAGGCAGCCCACGCACAGCACCUGCCACAGGCAGUGCCAAUGCCAAUGCCUCACGCGCAGCAGAUCAUGGGCGCGCCUGGCAUGGCCAUGGCCCUCCCACCGCCGCCCCCGGGGCAGAUGUACGUCACUGCCCCCUUCCUCGUCCCCGCUCCCAGUCCCCAGCAGCAGCAGCAGCAGCAGCAGCAGCAGCAGCAGCAGCAGCAGCAGCAGCAGCAGCAGCAGCAGCAGCAGCAGCAGCAGCAGCAGCAGCAGCAGCAGCAGCAGCAGCAGCAGCAGCAGCAGCAACAGGCGCAGCAGCAGCAGCAACAGCAGCAGCAGCAGCAGCAGCAGCAGCAGCAGCAGAGCAUUCCCCCAGCGUCACCAUCAGGUACUGUAAUGAGUGGUAAUAGGUCGGAAGGCAGUGCUGCUGCUGCUGUUGCUGGGGGCGCUGCUGCUUCUCCUGCCCCGACUGCACCACCGUACAGCCACCCCUACAGCAUGAUGCCGCCCAAUGCUGCUGCUGUUGCUGCUGCUGGCGCUGGUGCGUCUCUCCCCCACAUGGCGUACAGCACGGCUGGAUUCUACAUGCCCAUGGCUGCUGCAGGCCAAGCAGGAGCCCCUGGCAGCCUGCAGCAAGCAGCUCAGCUGCCCUCCCAGCAGCAGCAGAUGCAGCAGCAGCAACAGCUACAACAGCAGCAGCAGCAACAGCUACAACAGCAGCAGCAGCAGCAGCAGCAGCAGCAGCAGGGGUCAGUGGCAGCAUGUGCAUCUGCUACCCCCAUGACUCCCUUCCAUCCAUACGCCUCUUACGGCUCUGCUCCCCCCCUCUACCUCCCCACACAGCAGCUGCAACCACAACAGCUACAGUCACAACAGCUACAGUCACAACAGCUACAGUCACAACAGUUACAGUCACAGCAGCUACAGUCACAACAGCAUCAACAGCAACAACAGCAACAACAGCAACAACAGCAACAGGGCCAACAACAGCUGCAAUUGCCACAGCUCCAGCAGCAGCAGCAGCAGGGGGCGGUGCAGCACAUACACCUAGCCCCCCAGGCCAGCAGCGCAGGAGGGGGAGUUGACAGAGGGAGCGGGGGGAACACGGGGGGGAGUGCUGCAGGGGGGGGAAAUGCCUCGGGAUCGAGCAGUCUGCCCCACUGGCUGUGGGCGGCAAGCCACAGGCCUGCUUGACUAAUUUGACUGGCUUCACUAACAGCUGCUGGUUACUGCCCACUGCUGUGGUGCAGAUGCGCUCUGGGCUGUGCACUGGGAGGAAUAAAGCAGGGGGGCGAUGGGAGUUGCCUGCCACCAGUGGAGUUGGCGCGAAGCUGCUGCGCGCAGCAUGCCAUUUUCGGAGCUCACAAAUGUGCUGUUAAAACUGCUGCUGCUAGCAUGUAACAGUGUUUGGGCUUCUUGCUGUGUCAAAACUGUUGUGAUAUAAUUGAUACUUAGCAUUUCUGUAAGUCGAUUAGUUGUACCGUAAUCCCCCGUAUAAAACACCCGCCGGAAU